AUGGCAUUGUAUGUUAUGCUGGAAAAUUCAAACCAAACAGUUGUACGAAAAUUCAUUCUUCUUGGACUCUCUUCUAUCAAUAGUCUACAAGUUGUCUUCUCUUUGUUGCUUUUCCUAAUGUACAUGGUGACAUCAUUAGGAAAUCUUUUACUGAUCAUUAUUGUAAAACUUAACCCCCGACUCCAGACACCUAUGUACUUUUUCCUGACUAAUCUUGCCACUAUUGAUAUUUGUUAUUCCACAACAGUGGUGCCCAAAAUCUUAGCAAGCACCUUGUCACAGGAUAGGAGCAUUUCCUUCCUGGGAUGUGCAAUCCAGUUAUACUUCCACGCAUCUUUAGCUGCUGCGGAAUGUUUAAUCUUGACUAUUAUGGCUUUUGACAGAUACAAUGCCAUCUGUAAACCUCUGCAAUACCACAUGAUCAUGGACCAAAAACUGUGUUUUCGUCUGGCUGUUGCAUGUUGGGCUGUGAGCUUUGCUGUUCCUGUACAUCUUACGCUGUACACUUUUGGGUUGCCUUUCUGCAAAUCCAACAGGAUUGAACAUUUUUUCUGUGAGAUGCCACCAUUACUUAAUUUGGCCUGUGCAGAUAUUUGGUUCAAUGAGAUCUUGGCGUACAUAGCAGCUAUAGUAGUUGUUGGGGGCACUUUUGUGCUCAUACUUGUAUCUUAUCUCUUUAUCACCUUGACCAUCCUAAAGAUAGACUCCACCAAGCAAAAGCAAAAAGCUUUCUCUACUUGUGCCUCCCACCUUUUAGUGGUUUUCCUUUUCUAUGUAACUGUACUGUUCAUGCACUUACGUCCUCCUUCCAGUUACUCCCCACAACAAGAUAGAGUUGUGUCCAUCUUCUAUACGGUGGUAACACCAAUGCUGAAUCCCAUCAUCUACAGUGUACGAAAUAAAGAAAUUAAAGUGGCUAUAAGAAAAACAUUAGCAGUUGCAGUAUGUCAAUAA